CCCCUGUAAUAUUCCAGAGCUAUUUUUUGGCGUGGAGCAACGUGUACGGAGAGGCAGACGUCUGUUUCACCUAAGCACAGCAUUCUUGUACGCGUCUCGUAGUGAACCUUUAUUUUGGUAGUUGACAAGAUAGGCUGAGAGGUCACAAACGCUCACCCAAACUUGAGUGACAUCUAAUCCAGCCAAUAGUAUGCUUUCUUCUGACAAUGUAGGUUGGUCAUUCAUCCCGAUUGGUGAAUCCCUCACGUUUUUGACGGCAUGCGUAUCUGCCGCAUGGUUUUGGUUGUCACAACAACAUUGGAGUUGCCGCCUACUCUGCUUGCUUUACGCAUCGUAGAGCAGCAUUUCUCGUCAGCAAUUUCGGGUUUGUACUCCCUAAAAGUGUGUGUUGCCUGUGAGUGUGAGUCGUCUGUGCUUUCUGUGAGUCGAGUGUUGUGAAGACAUCAUGGAUGGACGCGGUAGGAAGCGCUAUACUUUGGCCGAAAUCCACGCUCAACUUUUUGAUGACGGCGGGAAUGAGACAGAGGAUGAUGCGGUGUCCGAAGCUGACAGCACCGACUCAGCGCUUCAGGCGUUUGAGGACGGCAUAGAUGUCGUCCUCGAUUUUGAGGAGACAUCUGACUCGGAUGAUGGGAACACAUCUGAUGACCCUUUGGAAGGGACUUCAACUGCCCCACACCCAGCUGCCUCUCCAACUCCUCCAGCUGCCUCUCCAACUCCUCCAGCUGCCUCUCCAACUCCUCCAGCUGCCAGCAGUGUGCGCAUGAGUGGCAGGCGCCGUGAUCUCCACCCUGCUCCAACUCCAUGCCCUCCUCCAGUUAGUCGUGGUAAGCGCCCCUCAAAAGCCUCUGCUCCAACUCCAUGCCCUCCUCCACCAAGCCGUGGUGCUACGAGUGGUAAACGCACCUCACAAGCCCCUGCCUCAACGCCAAGCCGUCCUGCGAAGCGUGCAUCCCUGGGUCCACCGCCGCAGGACUCCGACUUCUGGCGUGAUGCAACGAGUGAAGACGUGGAGCCUCCACCGUUGCCAUUUCGACCCAGGCGCCCUCCAGGACCACAGCUGGACCCUCAGGUAGACUACCGGCCGCUUGACCUGUUCUUAUUGUUUUUCAGCAAGGACGUGGUUAGGACCCUGUGCAGGCAUACCAAUCUCCAUGCUGCAAAAAGGGCUGCACAAGGACGAAAGAGGAAGUGGGUCGACAUAGAGCCGGAGGAGAUGUACCGCUUCAUCGGAUUGGUCAUCUACAAGGGAUUGAUGAAGUUGCCAGAGAUGCGGGACGGAUGGAGGAAGGACCGCCUUCACAGUUUUCCCUUCCCUGCAUCCGUCAUGCCAGGGUACAGAUACGAGGUAAUCUUCUCAACCCUUCACAUGAGUGACCCGGCUGUUGAUGCAGCAAAUGAUCAGCUGAAGGGCCAGCCUGGGCACGAUGGCCUCUGCCGCCUCAGGCCGCUGCAUGAUGACCUCCUGACGGCGUGCAGGGCUUACUUCCACCCGCUCCAGAACCUCUCAGUGGAUGAGAGGAUGGUAGGCACCAAGUCCCGGAUCGGGAUGAAGAUGUACAGCAAGGACAAGCCAACAAAGUGGGGGUUCAAGCUGUUUGUCUUGGCUGACAGCUCGAAUGGCUAUACGUCGUAGGAGGUGGUAACAGCACAUUGCUUGUUUCAAUUUUGCAAUCGUUCUGGCUAACGGGGCUCUGGUAUGGACUGUUUUAUAAUAUGUUUAUACUCCUCCUCAAAGACUGAAGCAGGUUUAUGAGGGAUGAUAGGUCCUACUAUUGGUUUAUUUGAAAUAAUGGUACAAAAACCCAAUUGUAAUAUUGUUGUGCUUUGAUGCCUAUUAGUACUGUGGACAUUGUUAUGUACCAUCUAUGUCAUUUUAAUAAUCUGAAAGUGAAAGUGAAAGCCCUUCAAGUGUUGGAUUUUACAUGCUGAAAACAUGUGCAAUGAGGAACUGUGGUGUUUUACUGUAAUCUGAAAUCUAAAAAAAAGGUGAUUUUCACAUUUUUGUUGUAUAUAAUGAUCUGAAAUGUAGAUUUAAUGAAGUUAAUAAAAAGCUGGAGUUGGUUGGAUGUCUUGCCCCAUGUGUCUGCUUCAAUUUAAACUCUCAAUUGUCAAUGUGGAGCAUGUAAAACAAAAGCUAUUACAUCCUAAACUCAUGGUCUAAACACCUCUCCAAAAUAGGACAUAUGGAUAGCUUAUAUGUUUUUUGGAGACGCCUAUUAGUACCUGUGGAAAUGGCUAUGUAAGUCCUCUGUAAUUUCACAUAUCUACUUCAAAUUCUGGAUCCCACUUGCUCACAACAUGGACAUAGAGGAAAUGUAGUAUUUCACUGUGCAUACCAAAUAACCAUCAAUGUACACACUGAAAACAAACAAAAAAACAGGCGAUUUUCACAUUUUCGGAUGUUUUUGUAGUAUGUAAUGAUCUGAAAGGUAGGUUUAAUGAAGUUAAUAAAAAGCUGGAGUUGGCUGGAUGUGUUCUCCCAAGUGUCUGCUUCAAAAUAAACCCUCAAUGGUCAAUGUGGACCAUGUAAAACAAAAGCUAUUGCAUCCUAAAGUCAUGGUCUGAAAACCUCUCCAAAAUAGGACAUAUGGAUAACUUAUAUAUAUUUUUGGAGACGCCCAUUAGUACCUGUGGUAUUUGCUAUGUAACUCCUCUGUAACUUUACAGAUCUACUUCAAAUUCUGGAUUUUACUUGCUGACAACAUGUGCAUUGAGGAAAUGUACUAUUUUACUCUGCAUCUCAAAUAACCAUCCAGGUACACACUGAAAACUAAACAAAAAUUAGGCGAUUUUCAUAUUUUCGGAUGUUUUUUUUAUAUAUAAUGAUCUGAAAUGUAGAUUUAGUGAUGUUCAUAAAAAGCUGGAGUUGGCUGGAUGUCUUCUCCCAAGUAUCUGCUUCAAAAUAAACCCUCAAAGUUCAAUGUGGAUAAUGUUAUUCAAAAGCUGUAGCAUCCUAAAGUCAUGGUCUCAAAAACCUCUCCAAAAUAGGACAUAAUGGGCUCUGCGGUA